GUGCAAGUCGAGGCUCCAGUCUGGCGGCCAUGAUGGACAUGCCCAGGCAAGGAUGGAAUCCGAAGCCCGAAGGAUGAAGGGGCGGGGGAGGAACUUCGGCGGUCGGCUCUCGACCAACUUUAAUGGGAAUGGCUGCGCCUCGGCUCUCGAUCGACUUCCGCCGGACGCCUUUUCCUGCUACCCCAUGCCCUUCCUUCGCUUGGAACCGAAAGCCUUCGAAGUUUGUCGAAAGAUUUCGAUCCUCAUUUUACCUUCUGGACAUGGGUUGCUUGUCAACCGAACAGAGGCACAUGCUAUCCGGAUCUCGGGAGUACCGCAUGCAUCCCGCCAUGCGAAGGCCGACUUGUAGCGUCCAUUCUCGGGCGUUAGGGCUGUCAUAUAUAAAGGCCGACAGUUGACGUUGCAUUUCAGUAUUUCGAAUCUUCCACAGUUAUUUUGUUCUUCUCAUCGGCUUCAUCGACCACCAUGGCAUCGGUAGUGUCCCAGAAAUUAACCCUCAACUGCGGGUUGCAGCUCGAGAACCGUCUGGUCAAGGCCGCAAUGGCCGAACACAUGGCGGAUGGCAACAGCCUGCCCACAGAGCUUCAUGAUCGUGCUUAUGCCGAAUGGGGCCGGGGUGGUUGGGGUAUGCUGCUGACAGGCAAUGUCCAAGUCGACCGGAUGUACCUCGGUGGCGCAGGAGACAACACCGUCAACCCAGCCAUCGAAGCAGAGCUCCUUCGCAGAUGGAAAUCGUGGGCGGCCGCAUCCACCAGCCACGGCACGCCAACUGUCAUGCAAAUCAGUCACCCGGGAAGGCAAUCUCCCUUGGGUGCUGGGGCGCGGUGUAUGUUUGCCAAGAAUGUGUCCCCCAGUGCCAUACCGCUGGAUCUGGGGUCCGGGUGGAUGGCCAGGCUUACGAGCUCCGUUGUUUUCGGGACCCCGAGGGAGAUGACUCAGGAGGAUAUUAACCAUGUGAUCCAGCAGUUUGUCUACACUGCUCAACUCGCUCAUCAGGCAGGCUUCCAGGGCAUCCAAUUACACGCGGCACAUGGGUACCUGUUGGCCCAAUUCCUGUCCGCGAAGACCAACCGGCGGACCGAUCGGUACGGAAACUCGUCAGCUGGGCGUGUGAAGAUGAUCGUCGAUAUCAUCCAGGCCAUCCGCGCAGCUGUUCCAGCCACGUUCUGUGUGGGCAUUAAACUGAACUCGGUCGACCAUCAAUCCGAAAGCGAACUGAAAUCCUGCAUCGAGCAGCUCAGGCUGAUUGUCGAGGCCGGGGUGGACUUUGUGGAAAUCAGUGGUGGGACAUACGAAGAUCCCAAGAUGAUGGGCGCCACGCCGCACCCCGUGCCGGAGAAGUCCGCUCGGACAGUGGCUCGGGAGGCAUUCUUCCUCGAGUUUGCGAGAGCCAUCCGUGCGGAAUUCCCAGGGACUCCUUUGAUGGUAACCGGUGGCUUCCGUACCCGUCAGGGCAUGGAAAAGGCUCUGGCAGAUGGCGAUUGUGACAUGAUUGGCAUUGGACGUCCGGCGGUUCUCAACCCAACUCUGCCGAAUGACAUCCUCCUGAAUCCAGAUGUGCCGGAAGAGCGCGCGCGGCUAGCCACACAGCCAAUAUCACCUUCCCGAAUCAUCAAACUGACUGGUAUCAAGUCUGCCGGGUCGGGUGCAGAAAGUCGGUGGUACAGCGCGCAAAUCCAGAAAAUGGCCCGCAGUGCUGCCACUUCCACUACGUAAGGGCUCAUUAUAUAGACAAUUUGGACGUGCCAUGUUCAUUUUCUUCAAAAUCAC